UGACCAACGAUUGGUUCAUACGCCAUUUGUUCCUUCAGGAUACUGGAGUCCAUGUGCACGGUUGGUUUGAGAUCCUUUUAAAGCGCCUGACGUUCGCUUUUGGUCCUCUGAUUUUCGUAAACAACACUCGUGGUGCGAGAAGGCAUUGAGUAGGACUUCCCUUGAAGAGGCUAUAUGCGCAUGGCCAUGUGAGAGCAUUUCGAAAGCAAAGCAAACACUCCCCACUCUCAGCCAUACCAGGGCAUUUGGGGGCUAUUCACAGUUAUAUAAUAUACCCUUGUGGGCCAGAGUAAUUUUACAUCGGUUUUCAGGAGACCCAGACACCGUCCAGACUUUCACGUGACAACCCAAACAGUACAGCCCAAGCCCGUUUAACAGGAGAGCCAAACACCGUAUAGGCUUUAACGCUACAAUCUGAAUAGUGCAGUUCAAUCCUGUGGCGCAAUCACACAGGUACCAAGCACCCUGGUGGACCAGAAUAAUCUGAUUAUCACCUUAACGCUGCUAUAGGUAUAAUCUAUCUAAAUUAUUAAGCACAAGUUUAAAAACACAACUUUCAAAUAUCUCCCAGCCGAACAAAACAAAGCUGAUGUUGCUGGUUUAAGCUCAUGACCUAAUUACAAGAUGUAGAGUUCCAUAACCGUCAGGUCGUUUUAGGUUUACUAUCGCUUAUCACCAAGAAUGAUUAGUUAUUGCGGUGAAGUAAGUACUUAUUUCAUUUUAUUUCGUCUCCUACUACUAGUAAUAAUAAUACUAAUACUAAUUAUAAUAAUUUUUUAUAGGCUUAUGACGAGUCACAUUUUGAAGUUCCUGUGAACAAUGAUAGUAAUAAUGCAGAAACUUUUGUGACUAAACAACCAGAUCCAGCUCCAGCCGUCAAUCUUUACACAGUACUACCAACUACAUCGUCAUCUUUAUGAUUUACCAAGAUUGCAAAAUAAUUAAUGAUACCAAUGAUAGUAACAAUAGUAAAGUUUAACCUUUCAUAUUUCCUAUAACAAAACCUAGAAUAAAAUUUCCAACUUGUCUUUCUUUAAGGAGAAAGUGUCUUACACUAUAUGUCUUUCUUUAUGUAGCCUUUUUCGUCUUUAAUUUUGUUUAUUUUUCUGUUAUCUCCAUUCUGAUUUUUUUUUAAAACCCCCCACCCCCUCCUAAAAAUAGAAAUAUUUUGUUGCUUUCCAAUUCAAGGUGGCUUUGGAUAUAUAUGUAUAUGAUGUUUAUUAUUCUUAUUCAAGUUUAUUUAUGUAAUGGGUUUAAUCUGAAAUGAUUUUGUGAUAUAAUUGUAUCUUUCCAAUAUACAAACAUAAAUGUCGACAACGGUUAAUAAUUUGUAUAAAACAUAUUUAUGCCUAGAAGUCACUUGUUGCUUUUUUCUCUCCCCCCUAACCUUUCCCCUCCCACCUAAUCAUGAUGAUGAUGAUGAUGAUGGGAUUACAGGUUAUUACUUGUUAUUAGAAACUUUCUUGAUCUUUCUGUUUCGUAUGUAAAAUGAAACCAUUUUUUUCUUCUUCAGAAACAAUAUGUUUAUUAAAGGAUGUAAUUUCUUAAUUUCCACCCCCUAUUUUUCAUUCAAAAAAUUUAGGUAAUGUAAGUAUUCUAUUUUGUAUUUUCAUAGUUUUUUCUGUGGGAUUCAAAUGAACUGUGAUUGUUUUUAUGAAAAAAAAAGAGAAACAUUUUUCAUUGUUUUUUGUUUUUGUAUUUUCCCUCUUAUUAACAGCUAUAUAAGUUAGUGGAAAUGAUGUUUAUACAUAAAUACUUGUGUAUUGCAUUUGUUUAGUUUUUCUUUUUUUUUUUGCUACUUCUUAUUUUAUUAAUUAUAUAAUCCUGGAUAGCUUAUUGGUAACAUCCCUACAUUCGGCAAUAAACGCCCCCAAAUACCCUGGUACGGCCAAGAGUUGGGAGAGUCAGCUAUCCCUAUUAAAAUGCUCUCACAUAACCACGCGUAUAUAGACUCCUCAAGAGAAGUCCUACUCACUGCCUCUCGUGAUGGGGGUGUCGUUCACGAAAAUGGGAGGACGAAAAGCGAAUGUCCGGUGCUUGAACCGGACCCCAAACCAAUGGUGCACAUGGGCUCCAGUAUCCGGAGGGAACAAAUGGCGUAUGAACCAAUCGUUGGUCACCGGCUACCUUGGGACUGCAUCUCCUUACGAUGCUCCACUACCUUGUGGGUCAGACGUUCAGGUCAAAGGCUCAGG